AUGACUCGUCAAUAUCGCAGAUCAAAUUGUCUGUGGAUGGCUCUCUUCAUCGAUGACCCCAGAUGCCCCAUACCAGCCGAAUGGGUUCACGAAUUGUCGUGUUCAUUUGUUGGAGAUCUGUCGACUAAGGUUCCGCGCACAGGCAUCUUCAUAUCCUCUGUUCACUGCCCUUGGGAAUUACAACUACCCAUGUUCAAACACUUCUCAAUCCCAAUCUGGGUUCACUGCCAACCAAACUUCCACAUGAAUUUGUGUCAUUAUAACCCAUCCCAAGAAGUUGUUGCCUGUGCAAUUGAGGCGCAGUGCCAAAGUAACAGCACCUGGGGUCAGGAUGAUGGUGCCUGGGUUCAGGAUGAUGGUGCCUGGGUUCAGGAUGAUGGUGCCUGGGUUCAGGAUAAUGGUGCCUGGGGUCAGGAUGAUGGUGCCUGGGGUCAGGAUGAUGGUGUCUGGGGUAAGCAGGAUGGUGAAACUCAGACCCAGAGUGCCCUUAGAUGGGAUGACAAUGCAACUCAGACUGCACUUGGAUGGGGGCCUGCACCUGAAGCUCCUCAAGUGGACUCUCACUUUCCAGUCCCUCAAAAACUCAGUGGCAAAAAUCAGGAGAAGACUGGAAGGCCUUCUUUGCACAGCGCCUUGAGGAAAAUCAGAAGAAGCAGGAGAAGGAAUCCCCAGCUCAAUGUCAAUCAUGCAAGAGUCGGGAACAGGCAGCGAAGAGACAUAAUCUUCCUGGAAAGUCCAGUACGGUCACAGUAUUCGAAUGGCAACCUCAAGACGAGUUUGGGGGCUUUUGCUACACAUCUGCCUCAUGAAGGCCGAGGUACCGAUGACCUGGGGGAACUACAAAAUGAGUGGGACUUGUGUGAUCAGUUAGAUCCCACCAGCACCCCCGACGGCAACUGGGAAGAAGACAACUUUAAUUUCUCGGACCCCAUCCCUGAUCCUCUGCCACCACCACCCCCUGCGCCUCCAUCGUUGUUCAGCUUCCUGCAGGACAUUCACAACUACUUCGGACGUCAUGAGGUUGCACCCUCAUCCAAUUAUACUGAGGGUGUGGAACACUUUGUCACCCACUUACAGUUUCACCUCAGCUUUCAUCUGGCAGCAUCGACUACUAGAUCCAUUGGUGGAUCUGCCACUUUCGAAAAUUGGGUCAAGAAGCAGAAGUUCAGCCACGUUGGCAACAUUGUUGGGGACUCAGGCGAGGAUGUGGACUCGAUUUCAGAUGUGCAAAAGCAUGUCAUUACAUACUUCAUAGGUUACCUUGCCACCCUGCCCACAUCUCAGUUGUCUGAGAUCCUGUCUGAUCACUGGGAUCUGGCGCCCGGGACUCCCUUGUCGGCUUUGAAUGCGUUCAUUUGA